GGAACAACUGACAUUCGACGUCCCAUCACAUCUCACCAUGUCUCAAACCGGGCGCAUCGCUUGACUUGCAGCUCCCAUUGGAUUGAUGUUAAUCACCAUCACCCGCCCAAGAUGAAGAUUCAAGGGCGAACAUUUGUCGUCUCGGGCGGCGCCUCGGGCCUUGGCCGUGCCUGCGUCCGCGACAUCUGCGCAGCCGGAGGCAAUGCCGUGAUUCUGGAUAUGAACGAGGAACUCGGCGCCUCCCUGGUCAGCGAGCUGGGCCCCUCAUCCGCUAAGUUUCUGCCCUGCGACGUGUCCGACACCUCCAGCAUCGCGUCGGCCGUGGACUCGGCCGUCGCCUGGAUCAAGGAGACGGGCAAGCCCCUCGGCGGCAUCAUCCCCGCCGCCGGCGUCGGCAACCCGGGCCUCAUCCUCGACAAGAAGCUGCGCCCGGUGUCCCUCGAGUCGGUCGACUUUGUGCUGUCCAUCAAUCUGCGCGGCACCAUCGACCUGGUCCGGCAGUUCCUCCCGCACCUGGCCGGCGCUCCUCCCGAAGGCUCCGACGGCGAGCGGGGUGUGGUCAUCAUGGUGGCCAGCGCCGCCGCCUUCGAGGGGCAGAUGGGCCAGGUGGCCUAUGCCGCCAGCAAAGGAGCCGUGGCGGCCAUGACGUUGCCCAUGGCCCGGGACCUGUCCCGGUUCGGCAUCCGCGUCGUCACCAUUGCGCCCAGCAUGUUCGAGUCCAACAUGACGGCGCAGCUGUCUGACACUGUGCGGAAAGGGCUCUAUAAGGCCAUGGAGUUCCCCCUACGACCUGGACAGCCCGAAGAGUUUUCGUCGCUCGUCCGCCACUCAAUCGAGAACAUCAUGCUGAACGGUGUGGUCAUUCGGUUGGACGGAGCUACCCGGAUGCCGAGUAAGCUGUGAUAAUUAGAUGGGAUGCGAAACAUGUCUGAGUCACCAGGAGCCUCAGCUUUGUGUUCUAGAUGACGAUGUAUGCUUCACACGAGUAAAGCCCACAGGAUGCUACCCCAGUGGCAGGACGGAUGUCUACGUACAUACAUAAAUACCAUAUUCACAGAUAACAACGCCAGUGCUCUUCUGAC